CGCCUUACAAAUUGGACCCGUGUAGUGUGCCUAGGGUGCACGAAACGUCGAAAGUUGGUCUUGGGCCUGGGCGCCCCAUUUGGAUCAGGCAUUUGCUGCUGCCAGUGCCAGCUAGGAUUCCAAGAUUCAGUGGGAGAGCAGAGGGACCCUUCCCCUGACUGCCCCCUACCCUGCAUUUUCGGCUAGUGAAAGAUGGGUGGAAGAGCAAGCAUGGGGCAGUGAACCGCGCUGUUUGGCACCUCGAACGUUCAGAAGCAAGGUAGACGUGCUGCAUAUGCUGCGAACGGAAUGGAGGGACAUGUCGGCAAUGACCUUUGGGGCGUGGACUUUGAGGACUGCACUUUUCCGAAGCCCUCAGUUUCCCCAACUCUUCAGGACUGUCUCUCGAGAUUGACGGAGGCCUCUCCAGCUGCGCAGGAGCGUGAGACCAUGGAGUCCGCGUCACGGUGCUCAGGUUGGGUAGCAAAAGGGAGUAGAUUUGGCGACAGAUUCCUCGAGGAGGACAUGGCGGCUCUGGCAGAGAGGAUAGCUGCCUCCAUGUUAGAUGACGAUAGCCAGAGUUCGUCCUCUGCUUCAGACUAUAACAUGAGUGCCACCACCAGCGAGGAGGGCAGCCCCAAGGCUUGGAACUUGAACGCCAGGGGCUUUCCCGCCGACAGCAGGCCUGCAUCUCCCUCAUGGAGCUCCUCUUCUUAUGAUUACGAUCAGCUCCCUUCGGUCUCCUAUGGGGACACCGAUUCACGCAGCCCCGAUGCAUUCAUGUCCAAUCGGAGGACUCCCUUCCAGAGGGCGCCCGUCUCGCACCAGGAGGUGUUCAGCCUUCAGCAGCAACUAGAAAGUCUUUCUGCACAGCAACUGCACACUCUGAAGAAAGCACUCGCUGAGUGUCAGAAGGGGCGACAAGGGCGUCAGUCUGAGACUCAAAACCGGGGGCGGUCCUGCGGUCAGCCAGAGAAGGGGAACCGGGGCCUGAGAGAACAGAGCAGGAAUUACCAUGACCAGGCGCGUAAGCAGGCAGAGCGUCGUGCCAUUAGCGCGUUAGCGAGCCAGCAGCCAAACGAGAGGCUAGCCAUUGAGUCCCGCGCCAGCCGCAGGGGGGUAAUCUGUGGAGCCGCUGCGACCCCCCCCAGCACGCCCAAGCCCGUCCCUACCCCUUCUCAGAAGGAGAACGGCACCGGCGUGUUCCUUCCCAUGGCAGUGGUCUCGUCGAUGCCCUCCCAUGGAAAGAGCAAAGCUGGCUCGACUCUCCAGGCCACUCCCCGGCCAUUCCAGCCCCCUCUUUCCAAGUCGACUCUAGGCCCCAACCGACGGGACUUCAACGGUCAGCUCUGUAGUCAAUCAAAGCAACCCCCUCACAAACCCGCGACCUCACCCCCCAAGGUUGCCGUCGUGGACUGUAGUGAGCUGAUGAAGAUUCCGGUGGUCAACUUUAACCAGAGAUGUAGAGCCCAGGCCGCCCCUCCUGCUCGGGGGCCGACUGGACCUGUGUCAAAACCGGUUAGCGGAGCCCGACGGCCGUCAAAAGCCAAUCAGCGAGCAGUGGACCGCCAGAUCUUCUUGCAGCGGGCUGCCUACGGGGCACACGGAGAGUCUCUGCCUCAGCAGGGGUGGGUUCAAACUGGACAAUCCAGAUGCGGCACCGACAACUUAGGGCUUCCCGAAGAGUGGGUUUAUUAGCGGAGUGUUGCGCUGUGCUGUACUGUGUACCUAUUGCUUGCGAUUACGUCUAAGCCUGAGCCAGGGGAAUAAGAAGGGCCUGAAACGCUAGUCGGUAUGAAUAAGUCGGCAGAUUAUGUAAUCAGUUUCACGAAGUAUGCAGGUAAUUGGUCCUAGCAAAAAUAAAGUCCAGGGCAGACACAGGAAUGAUCAGGCUGCACCCAAAAGUUGUACUGCUGUGCGUUUUUAGAGAACAAUGAGGAACCGUCAAUAAGACUUACUAACGUAUAUUAGAAUAAUGCGACUUGAUCUCAUUAUAAAGCUGAUCCAGUUGAGCUCGAGGAUUUGUCAGUUGACUCUAGCUAUCACGAUAUCUGACGUAUAUGGCUUGAAGCCUCCAAAAUUCUUGUCCGGACGAUUCAUACCCUGACUUGUCACCCAGCGUCCGCACUCGUUACAGAACAUUGCAAACCAGCUAGUUUACGGUAUAUAUGUAUAGGUGAG